AUGUCUCCGGAGAAGCAAGAUAUGAAGGGCAAAGGCAACGUAGAUAAAGAUCAGAUGAAGCUAGACUUAGCAACCACACGCCACCAAGAGUUCGUCGCGCACGCUCACUCUGUGGCUCAGGUCGACGAUGAUAUUGCUCAAGAAGCUAUUUCUUCAAUAGCACAAGCUUUAAAAGAAGCAGUGGAGCACCCGCAACGGAUACCGUCGCUGGCCGCGCAAUCAAUCCCUGGUUAUGAUGGGAGUGUAUCCGUCUAA